CUGGGAGCCAGCAGUAAGUGGAGAGUAGACCUCCCGUACGAGCGCGUCUUCGUGCUGCUGCUAUUUGGAUUGUCACAGCUCACCUACUUUACUGCACUACGGGACGGGGGCCGUAAAGAAAAGUAAAGCAGUGUAGGUAUGGCAAUGGGGUCCGGCUUUCGGGUGACAGUCUCAUAAAGGCUCUAAAGAUGAUUUUUGAACACAUUACCCCUCAACUAUUGGCUUUCUAAGAGGCUGACUUUCAGAAGGACUCGUAACUCUUGAAUAUGGCAGCUGCUCCCCCGCAUGCAGGUGGUGCGGCUGCUGGGUUCUCUACGCCCCCUGUGCCGCAUAACCCCUGGAAUUCUGGCUCUCUCGCUGUUGCUGUUUGGGAAUGGCAAGAUGAACACAAGAAAUGGAGGCCUUAUAGCAGUGUGGUGAGCAGCUAUAUAGAACAGUGUAUGCAGUUGUCUCAGCAGCAGAAAGGUCCUCGAGGUCCUGGAAACAGCAGCAGUAUCUCACUUGGACAAGCUGAUCCUCAAUUGUCACCUUAUAUAAUUGAUAUUGUAACACUUACACAGUUUCGUCAGGAUACAGGAACAAUGCGGUUUGUAAGGAAAUUUCUUUAUCCGUCCGAUUCUGCACCCGGCAAGGGAAUUUGUUGGGAAUGGAUGAAUGAUGAUGGUAACUGGGCCCCUUAUGAAAUGCAAGUCACCAUAUUUUUGGAAGAGGCUUUCUGCAACAGACAUCAGUCGGCUGAUCUGACGAUACUCGGACUGCACUAUCACGUUGACUUUGUGUCUUGUGUUCAGACAAACAAGAUGACUGGAUUCCGGCGACAGGUUCAGAGACGCCUUGAUACACCGUACACAUUGUGCCCCAAGACAGGGCCAGUACACAGAUCUGCUGCAUGUGCGUGCCACCAGUGUCUAGCGAGCAGCGGAGCUGGGCCUAUUUCAACUCGUAAUCGACAUUCCAUGGUUAAUUUGCCAACAUCAUCAAACUACCAGAACUCUAGUCGGACGUCGCUUAUUUCUACCAAUAAUGUUGGUUAUCUACCAUACCCCAAACCGUCAAUGACUAGUGCAAAGUCCACACCAAAACUGAACAGCACAUAUCAGCCACCAUCGACAUCCAUGUCCUUUCCAGGUCCAUCAUCCACUAAUGGAAUCAGGAUACCAUCUAUACCAGUUCAGACUCAGAGACAAAGCAUCAUUCAGCCAGCUCUUGCAGGCAUGGCGGCUAUUCUGAUGUCAGCGGCUGGGCUACCCGUGCGUCUUAUCUCUGCACCUCCACCUUCCAACCCACUGGUGACCAGUAAACCCGAUAAAACCUCAGUUAAGAAACUGAGGAAAAUGCCAAAGAAAGGAGGUCCAGUAGAGCCAGAACAAGUUGUGAAGAAAUACCUUGAAAAUGUUGAGAAGCCAUCUAAUGAGGACUGCAUCAUCUGCAUGGAAGCUCUGAAUUCUGCUUCAGGAUAUACAGAUGCAUCAGAAAGCAAAAACAUCAAGCCGGCUGCAGUGGGGAAACUAAAGAACUGCGGUCACAUAUUCCAUCAGCUCUGUAUGCUGGCUAUGUACAAUAACGGGAACAAGGAUGGCAGUUUGCAAUGUCCAUCUUGCAAGACAAUAUACGGAGAGAAAACGGGGACACAGCCCAAGGGAGAAAUGCAGAUUUUCCUAAUACCCCAGUCUUUGCCAGGCCAUGAAGACUGUAAAACAAUUCACAUUGUGUACACCAUUAAUCCGGGAACACAGGGCCCUGGGCAUCCAAAUCCAGGAAAACCAUACACAGCUCGAGGCUUUCCCAGACACUGUUACCUUCCAGAUAACAACAAAGGAAGAUUGGUUCUAGAACUUCUAAAGCUGGCAUGGGCCAGGCGCUUAAUUUUCACUAUUGGAGUAUCUAGCACAACAGGUGAAUCUGAUACUGUAGUAUGGAACGAAAUCCACCACAAGACCGAGAUGAACUCUAACAUAACGGGACAUGGCUACCCCGAUCCAAAUUACUUGGACAAUGUCAUUGCAGAGCUCGCUGCUCAAGGGGUCUCCGAAGACUGCUUGAAAAUGUAAAAGACUACUAAACUAGUUGUCUUCUGCUGUCUUUGGUGGAAUUCGAUUUAUUAUAAAAUGCCUUAAAAUUUGAUUUUAAUUUGUAUGUGUAUAUAAAUAUAUAUAUAUUGCUUUUUUCCUUUUCUUUUUGCAAAGCAAUACAUAUCUAAAAUAGGUUUCACAUAGAAGCUGGGGAAAUCUUUUUGUUAAAAACUACCUGACGGUUCAUGCUACCACCCCUGCAGGACAGGGACAAUCUUUAUGUGAGCUCUAUCUUGUUCUUCUAUAAACAUUUAUAAUAGUAUAACACAUUCACUUAACUUGAGAGCUUUUUUAUUAUUAAUGAAAAGGAAGAAUAUUACAGCAAAAAGUGCAUAUAUUUUGGUUUUUCCCAUUUUGUGUGUUAUCGUCUCUUAUACCUGGUACGCCGAUGGCCUUGACAAAUAAUUUUCGGUUAUAUUUAAAGUGGUUCUAUAAUUCUGUUCUUUUCUUGACUAAAACAAUUGUUUUACUUUUCCUCUUUGCUAUUGAUUUAUGUUAUUGUUAAAAGAAUGAAUGAAUCAAUCAAGGUCUUCAGUUCA